GGAGCACCAGAUUGUACCUCUGAGAGGGGAGCAUCUGUCACUCUCCAUCUUACUCCGACCACGGCUGGUUCUGCUGCAUCUCCGACUCCAGCUUGGCUGUGACUGCAAGUAAAUCACAAUGGGAGCGAAGCUAAGUAAGAAGAAGAAGGGAUACUGCCUUGGUGCCGGUAAAGAUGGAGAGUCGACGGAGACGACGGAAGUAGAACAAAAAGAAACUGAGAAUCAAGAGGGACAAAAAGAUGCAGCAGAACCAAAGGGAGAAAAAUCUCCCACCGACCAAUCACAGAACAACGGGAUCAAUGAGGAAUCAAAGGAUAAGUCAGAGGCGGAGGUUACAACUGGUGAGACGACCAAAGACCAAGCCGACCAAGACCAAAAGCCAGAGAUCAAACCUAGUACAGAACAAGAGAAGGACCAACCGCAAGGAACAAAAGAACACAAUGCGGUUAAAUCCACUGCCCUGGAACAAUUGUGUGAAAAGGAAAUAAAAAGAGCAUCUGAGGACAAAACUAAAGCCGAAUGUCAAGUGAAGGAAACUCCGUCGGCUGCUGCAGAUAAACCAACUCAGGAAUCCAAACCCGUGAAGGAAAAGGAAGGUUCAGACUGCCAACCUUCAUCAGAGGCCAAGCCGUUGGCUCCAAUACCAGAUGAAGUUUGGGUCAAGCAGGUAUCGGAACCAGUGACCAAGGUGGAGGCAGAACAGACUGAGAAACCACCUGUGGGGUCAGAAGUCCAAGCCCCCGAAAAAGUGCCUGCACAGGCUAACGAGCCCGUUGUAGAGCCAGAAAAACUGGAAAAAGUGCCUGAGAAAGUGGAGCCUGCAGCCCCCAAAAGUGUGUCCAUAGAGCCUGUGGCGGUACAGGUUUCCGAAGCUGUAGUAUCAGAGCCGGUCUCUAAGACGGAGGUAGUAGAGCCAGAGGUAGUCGAACCCGUCCUGGUAUCGGAAGUAGUAAAACCCGAGGAAACUGCUGUACCAGAAAAGGUCACUUCUGCAUUGCCCAACUCUGAUCCCACUACAGAGCCGACGCAUUCCGCAUUACCUGAACCGGCGGAACCAGCAACAAAAGAGCCUGAACUAGUCCCAGAACCUUCAGCGGCUCCAGAACCAGUUGCAUUUGCAUUACCAGCAGCAGUGCCAGAAAUAUUGAUUGAGAUGGCUGCGUCUGAGCAGAAUGAAGAACCAGAACCGGUGCCUUGUCCUGCAUCUGAAAAAAUAAGUGAAACGGAGCAAGAGCUGGAUUCUGAACCAUUGCCACCAAAAUCAACUGAAGUGCCUGAAACUGCGAAUCCUCCGGAACCUACAGAGAAGCAGGAAGAAUCUUUGGGGUGCAGCGAUCAGAGUGCAGAGAUGGCCGCAAUUCCAUCGCCUACUGAAGCCCCUUCUAUAAAUCGGCCACCUGAGGACUCCGAGAAACCCGCUGCUUCUGAGGCUCCUGUAAUUCUUCAAAAUGGACCUUCCGAGAACUUGGCAGAAGAUGACCACGCAGAGGUGCCCCCCGUCUCCGCAGAGGUGCCCCCCGUCGAGGUGCCUCCCAUCUCCGCAGACCUGAAGGCAGAAGAUAAUAAAGAACAAAAGGAGGCGGCGGAGGAGCAAGUUGUCGUAGAUAAGGCGGCCACACCGCAGGAAGGUCAGGUGGUGAAUGAAGAUUGCAAAGCUCCAACAGAUGGUUUGGUGACUUCAAAGAAUGAAAAUGAUUCUACCGCUGCACCAGAUACUAAAGAAACGCACGAUGCGACUCCGCACCGCGAUUCUGAAGAUAAAGCUGAAAACCACGAGAUCUCCGCUGAAGAAACGAAGAAAGAGGCGGAGCCUCCUGCCCCGGAGAAAUAUGGUGUCGGAAAUGGUUUACCUAUCAAAGAAGAAAUCAAGGUUCACCUAGAGGACAAAUGUGACAAGGAUCUUCAUGACAUGAAUGGGCGGAGCGAAGGUCAUGAGAUUGAAGUGUGCGACAAAUAAACGCAUGGAAGCCUUUCCUGGUUCCCAUCUGAACUGUCUGCAUUGCCUGUGACCAAAUCCAUCAUCAAAGUUUUAGAAAGUUUGGAAGUAAAAUUAAAAAAUAAAAAAAAAACUCUCCCCGACCAAAUCUUUUAUUAAUGAUCGGAAUCUGCCAAAUUUAAUAUUUAACUUAUGCAAUUUCCCAAGAAGUUCUUUCUAGAUCUCCUCCAUGUUUUCUAUCUUCUCAUUGGACUUCUUAAUGUUCCAAAACGCCAAACGUGAGAAAAGUGACCAACGCCUACCAAACAAAUUGUUGUGAGCUUAACCCCCCCCCCCCGAUGUUCAAUUUGUCUUAAACGCAUGAACCGCCAUGUUUUCCACGAAUAAAAUAUCAUAUUUAAGUUUA